UCUCGCUGCCAAGUAACACAAACACCAACCAGCAAAAUGAUGAAAUUCUUCGCCCUCGUCCUGUGCGCUCUGUUCGCUGCUGCCGCUGCCAAUCCCGGGCUCCUGGCCUACUCCUCCCCCCUGGCCUACACCGCCGCAUACGCCCCCUACGUGGCUCCCUAUGCCAGCAGCGUGAGCGCCCACGCCGUGGCCCACAGCGCCGCCUUCCCCGCAGUCUAUGCCGCAGCACCAGUGGCCGCUGUCCUCAAGAAGUAGGAUGCCACACGCGUGCCACAGCUGCAACA